CCCGCGUGGUUUCCGCUCCUGUUGUGUGAGGGGCCGAAUCCCAAACGGCCUCCGCCGCGGCUCGCAGCGCCUCCGGGUUUGGAAGCCGGGACUCGGGGCCAGGAGCCGGCGGCGCCCUCCACCCGCGUCCCCCGCUGCCCCCGGCUUCCGUAGGCCCCGCUCGGACCGAGACACCCCCCGCCGCCCCGCGCGCGCCUCACCUGGGCCCUUGGCCCCUCCCCGGCUGCCUGUGGCCCCCGCCCGCGCCCCCCGGCCCCGCCAUGUCGCUGCACGGCAAGCGGAAGGAGAUCUACAAGUACGAGGCGCCCUGGACCGUGUACGCCAUGAACUGGAGCGUCCGGCCCGACAAGCGCUUCCGCCUGGCGCUCGGCAGCUUCGUGGAGGAGUACAACAACAAGGUUCAGCUUGUUGGUUUAGAUGAGGAGAGCUCAGAGUUCAUUUGCAGGAACACCUUUGAUCACCCAUAUCCUACUACAAAGCUCAUGUGGAUUCCUGACACCAAGGGAGUAUAUCCAGACCUGUUGGCAACUAGUGGUGAUUACCUGCGUGUGUGGAGAGUGGGUGAAACUGAGACCCGACUGGAGUGCUUGCUGAACAAUAAUAAGAACUCUGAUUUUUGUGCCCCGUUAACGUCGUUUGAUUGGAAUGAAGUGGAUCCUUAUCUUCUAGGUACCUCUAGUAUUGACACAACCUGUACUAUCUGGGGUCUGGAGACUGGGCAGGUAUUGGGAAGAGUAAAUCUGGUAUCGGGCCAUGUCAAAACCCAGCUUAUUGCACAUGACAAAGAGGUAUAUGACAUUGCAUUUAGCCGCGCGGGUGGCGGGAGAGACAUGUUUGCGUCAGUUGGCGCAGAUGGCUCAGUGCGGAUGUUUGACCUUCGCCAUCUGGAGCACAGCACCAUUAUCUAUGAGGAUCCACAGCACCAUCCGUUGCUGCGUCUCUGCUGGAACAAGCAGGAUCCCAACUAUCUUGCAACAAUGGCCAUGGAUGGUAUGGAGGUGGUGAUUCUAGAUGUCAGAGUUCCCUGCACACCCGUUGCCAGGUUAAACAACCACAGAGCAUGUGUGAAUGGCAUUGCCUGGGCACCUCACUCUUCCUGCCAUAUCUGUACAGCAGCGGAUGACCAUCAGGCUCUCAUCUGGGAUAUCCAGCAAAUGCCUCGUGCCAUUGAGGACCCAAUCUUGGCCUACACAGCAGAAGGGGAAAUCAACAAUGUACAGUGGGCAUCGACUCAGCCGGACUGGAUAGCUAUCUGCUACAACAACUGUCUGGAGAUCUUGAGAGUGUAACACUAUUGGUCUGUGCCAAACUGAGGCAGGGCUUUAUAACUUCCCCUCCCCUCUAAAGUAAGAACAAACAUGUUUCAAGUGGCCAGUAUCUUUUGUUGCUUUGCAUCUACUGUUCCAAGAAACUGUUACAGGAGUUAAUGGCAGGUGUCGGCUGGUCCCUACAAGACUCAGAAAAUGAAGGGACGCACCCAGCCUCUUGGACCUUCUGGGUUUUGAUUUUAAUAUUUUUCUCAAUUAAAAAGUUCUGUAUAUCUGUUUGUUGACUGUGUUAAUGAGCAUUACAGGCUUUAAAUGACUGUUUUAAGUUGCUGCAUAUAUCCAUGUGUUUGUCAGCCAGCUGAGGCAGCACAUCCAAUUAGUUUGAUAGAUGUAAGUGCAAAACUAGGUGGAAAGAAAAGACAUUAAUAUUAACCACCGCCUUUGCAGGAAUUUUUAAUCAUUCCUGUUACUGUCCCUAAACCGUUUGAACGUUUGUAUGUUUUUAUAUAUUGGACUAAGUUUCUAUUAACUAGGCUCUUCACCCCAGUUCUUAUUUUUGAUAUGUGAUCCAGUUCCAUAAGCCCCAAGCAGGAUCUGUUGAUGAUGGGUCAUAAGCAUCAUUGUAGGCUUCCUAGCAGUAAAACGGUUGCUGUAGCUGUUGCCUUGGCUACGUGCCCCUGACCACACCUGGUGCUGUGACGUACCAUGACUUGUCGCACAGUUCUUUCAUUUUAACUGACACUAGAGGCAGUUGUUACUGUGGUGGGCCGUAUGUUAGAUCAUAACUGAAUUAUUGAGUCUCCCACAGCUGAAUGACUUAACUGAAUGGUGACAAGAUUCACAAGGAGAGAAGCAUUAGCAUUGUACUGUCAGAUCUUGGUGGAUGAAUGUGAUCGAAGCAGUUAGAACAGGUGGUCUGCUGUCCAAAGGCAAGUCAUGCCCCCUGUAAAAGAAAGUUUCCUAAAGUAACAUACAGGGUUGGGUCUAAAUGAAAAGAAGUUGUCCAACGUGUGUCUCAAAUGGAGACCUUGUUUUGGCUCUAGCUGUCAUUCUUACAUACUGCAACUCUUGUAAGAGGAGCAGGAUAGGUAUGGCGUGAGGGGAGCCUUCUGUUUUCAGCCAAGUUCCCUUUCUGAAGUGGAAAGGAAAAGGAGAGCGAGGCCGGCCCUCUGUCACCAUGAUGCUUUAUGCGGAGGGAUAGCAAAAUUCUUUGUCGUUUUAACUUGGUAGGUAGUUUGAAUGUUGUCAUUUUUCUUAUUUUGAUCAUCUAACUGCAAUUCCCUUCAAAUGAGAAGGUGACAAACUGAACACCACACUGUGGUGAGGUCUAACCAUCACCUUGUUCUGUAACAAUAGACUGAGCUGAUGAGGUCAAGAUCCACAUCAGCUGACCCUGACUCAUUACCUUGAGAGACAAUCUUGAUAUUGACUGAAAACCAAAGGCAGCAUUAUACAUAAAAAAGCAACAUUUAAUUAAUUUUUUUUCUAAGAAUAUUAGGCUUCCAAUUUGAAGUAGCUUCAGUUGUAUACACCGUCUCUCCCAAGUCCCCAGUCAACUCUUGCAACCACAGUUUUCUAUUUUAAAUGCUCUGUCCCUCUUGUUCUGAGACCCAGGCAAACAGUGAAGACUGGCUACAUGGAGUCAAUGAAACUAAAUGUUCAGCCUGCUGUCAAGUGCGGAUUAAAAUUGAAAAAUAGAGAUGUCUCCUUUUUCAAUUAUAAUCUUAGAUGUUUCUGGUAACAACAAGCAAAACUUAUCCUUCAGGUGACUUUUAAAAAAAAUAGAAAACAGUAUACAAAAGCAUCUUAUUCAUCUGAUCACCUCUCAUUAGUGACGGAUAUUUACUCCCGUUAACUGUGCAGAGCCAUUCUCUGGGAGAAUGAGAUGCAUUCUGUUCAGUCUCACACAUUGUCAAUAAAAUUCAUUACGUUCCAAUUGCAGAAUUUUUAUUGAUGGGUGAGCCAUAAAGAACUGUCUGGUGUUCAGAUUCCUAAUAUGGUUGCAUGUUCAGAUAGCUUACACAUGCAUCUCUGGUAUUCUAAGCACAUUUGCUCCAGAAAUUAUUGAUACACAAGUGUGGAACCACACAUUAAACUUGGUCACUCUUCAAAGUAGAGCUGUGCCUUUAAAGUUAAACUUAAAUAUGCAAGCAUGUUAGAAAAUGAAAGUUGUGUUUCUCAUAGCAACAUUCAUUUAUAUUGUGUAGGCUGCUUUCAUUUAGAUAUACUUGUAAAAAUAUUACAUGAAAAAUUCUUGCAUGUGUAUCUAAAUACAAGUACUAGGCACAGUGUAAACAAGCUAAUGUCAGUGAGAGAAGCAUAAACCUUUUGCUUCCUGACUCUGCAAACUAAAUGUGUUUACAUAACAUUGCAAUAAGUUUUGCAUUUCAUGUUUUGGGGGAGAUGGGGGAGGACUAAUUUCAUAAUGUUAAUAUUUAAAAUAGUCCCAAUUAAGCUCUGAAGUCUUAUUCAGUUGAUGUAAAUUGUGUGGGUAAAGGUUGAGUUGCUGCUGCUUGGCUGCAGACAGAUUUCUGCAAGGCUGAGUUAACAGUGUAGCUGUACAUCUGUUUCUAGCUGCAGUCUUCAGAAGGCAAAAAUGAUAGCAACAUAAUGUUUAAGCUGAAAGCUUAGUUUUUGCAGAACUACAAAGAAUGCAUCAAAAACGGUGGAUCCCAUGAUCUUAAUAACUUUCUUUCUUGUCCACCGUUUUCUCCAGUCUCUCUGAUUUUGACAGGUUCAUGUUUUAAUGAGAAACUUAGUUUCCUGCAAACUGUUUACGGUCAGGCCAGACACUGAGCUUAUGUGGUUUCUCUGCCCACUACAGGCUGUAUUAGGCAGAAUGGUAUUGAACAUGCUCAUUGACUCUUCUCUGUAGAUUCUUGUACUAUGUGCAUUACUGUGGUAUCUGAACAACUUUAAAUCACACUCUUCCUCUCACCCAGCUGAGUGAUGGUCAUGGAGAACAAUUCACUUGGAGAAGUUUUAGUUGAUAUAGUGAGAGCUCUUUUGCGUUAAGGAAAGUGAAUAAACAUCCAGUUGAAAAGGGAUUUUCCUCAAACUUUCCAAAAAUAUAAUGCCACCUUGACUAAGAACAGAGUUUAGAGAAUGAGAAUUGAGCAUGUGAAAAUGAAACUAAAUGAGUACACACAACUUCAUAGCUUCCAUUACCAGCAGAAGUGGUUCUGUUAUGUACACUGAGGAGACCUUAUCUUGGGGCCUUCCUCCAUAAGAUUUCUUGCAGAACAUUUGUGGCUUUGUCUAUAGAGAUUAGGCUCCUGAUCCAAAGUUCCUUGAAUGCAAUGGAACCACCUGCUCACUUGGCCAGUUGAACUGCUUUUGGCUUCGUUACUUGCUUUGGGUCAUGUCCUUCUCUCAUUCCAUAGGUGGAAGCCAGGGGACAUUGUAUGGCACAGACACUACUUGUUUUCAGAAGUCAUUCGGUAGCUUAAUGAGCAUUUACCUGAAUAUUACCGCAAAUCUUUCUAGAGAAGGAGUUCAGUAAUACAAAUGGCAUGUCCGUAUAGGUAAAGAAAUGAGGCUUCAAUGCCCCUGCCUUCCUACUCUCACAAAAGGGGCAAAUUAACCUCCCUUCCCCGAGAUGUAUAUGGUGCUGAGGGUUAAUGACCAAAAAACUACUCAGCAGCAGAUUCCACCUGCUGAAGUCCAAUUAGAUGUGGAAAUCUUGCACAGUUCCUUUGUGCUGAUGAAUUCAAAUACCUCAGCCCACCUUACAUUUACCACUUGCCAAGUCUCCAUAAGCAUUAUUUCUUCCAGAGUUAGUGGAAAUAACUGGUUCAGUGACUCAUUUUGGUGGUGGCUCUUUAAAUGAUUGCGACACUAUACAGAGAAACCGCCUUUAAAGAAUUUUGCAUCGGAGUGGGAGAAUAGAGAUGGAGACCUUAGACCAGUGGUUCUCAACCUGCGGACCGCUUGUGGCCCAAUCAGCACACAGCUGUGGCCCAUGUGACAUUCUCAGGGCCAUACAGGUAGUAUAUAUAUUGUGUGGGUGCAGACCACACAAAACAGAGGACUGCAUGUGUGGCCCACAAUGGUAAAUAGGUUGAGAACCACUGCCUUAGACCUUUCCCUAAGCAUCAGUGAGCUUGGUACAGAAGUGAAUUUCGUAAUGGGACUGAAAGUGCCAUUUCUCCUCCAACUUCACUAGUUUUGUAUCUUUUCUCUGGCUGGCUAAUUUCAGCCAUUGAGCUGCAUUUGAAAAACCCAACUGCCCGGGAUACCAACUCUCACAUGGGCAGUUAAUAUGUCUUGGCUCCCAGCCCAAAGAUGAGGUGAGACUCUAAAAGCUAGCUGGAGGAUGAGCCAGUGCAUUAGUAUGUUAAAUCUGUAUGUCACUGAAUUAAAUCCGUCUGUGAUAGGUUGCUGCAACUAAACUUGCCCUGCCAUGUGCUAGGAUUUAAUAGUCAAAGUUGCUUUGACAAUCUCUUUGAGUAAGAAAUUCAGUGGUCGCAAAGUACAGAAAGAGAAGAGGUUGACACUGCAGGUUGUUCCUUACUUUAAGGCCCCCUGGGUACUUCCUUGCUUCCCAUAAGAGUCAAAAUUCAUGAUCCCUUCAAAAUUUACUUGUGAUCACACAUCUGCAUUGCUUCUGAUUCCUUUUUUUGAACACUGGCUAAAAAAGGUCAGCAGCCAGAAUAGAUUCAUUGAUGAGAUGCUAAAUCCACAGCUGUGUGAUCUGUAGAUCGUUCCUUAACUGGGAUUCGAUUGGAGAAAUGUAUGUCUGUGCUAAUGUAUUGGUACAUACGUACAUUUUUUUGGACCUUUGUUUUAAAAUAUAAGUUCAGGAAGCUGAGCAUGCUCUAGAUGGAACUUUAGCAGGUAUAUUUUUGUUAGGGUUAGGAAUGGAAUAACCUUCCUACCUCAGUACUUUAAGGCUGGCGUUUGACUCUGAACCCUGUGUCCGAGUAAUAAAAUCUUAAAUACAGCGUGAGAGUUUCCUGAAUGUUGCAGUUCCAAACUGGCUCUGGCUGGCAGCACACGGUGACCUCUUUCAUGCCAGAACCACCUGAAAAGCAACACCAAAAAUGUGAGCACUUGAAAAUGCUGUUAACGCUACAAACUGUGAGGCUUUAUAUUCAGAUGACAGCAUGAUCCAGGAGGGCUCUCUCAAGCACUUAACUUUGCCUCUUGCCCAAACCGAACUUUUUUUUUUUUUUUUUUGCUGCUUUUGGGUACUUUUCUUAUUGCCUAGUUGUGUUUGGGGGACCCUGGACUUAGGUGCCCUUUCAAACAUACGGCAGUAAUGUCAGGUGGUUUGGGUAGAUAGUUAUCUUGGGAGGUAGGUGAAUUCUGCAGUCUUUGUCAAUUCCAUAAUGUCAGGAAAAUUGAUGCAGCUUUCUGUGACUUAAGAUGCAGAAUUCAAAGAUCUUUGACUUGUCAAAAUUCCUUGGUACUGACCACCUUAACCCUUUUGGUAUAUGCAGCAAAG